AUGUACCGGCGCAGCUACGUCUUCCAGACUCGUCAGGAGCAGUACGAGCGCGCCGACGAGGCGCCCGAGCGGCCGGCCGACGGGGCCCGGGGAGCGCCCUCCAGCCUGGCGGCGCUGCAGGGCCUCGGCGAGCGCGUGGCCGCCCACAUCCAGCGGGCCCGAGCGCUCGAGCAGCGCCACGUCGCCCUGCGGCGGCAGCUGGACGCCUUCCAGCGUCUGGGCCAGCUGGCCGGUCCCGAGGACGCCCUCGCCCGCUACGUGGAGGGCAACCGCCAGCGCGCCCGGGACCUGGCAGCUGAGCGCAGCCGGCUGGAGCGUCAGGGCGCAGAGGCGCAGCGAGCGCUGGACGAGUUCCGCAACAAGUAUGAAAAUGAGUGCGAGUGUCAGCUGCUGCUCAAAGAGAUGCUUGAACGGCUUAACAAGGAAGCCGACGACGCGUUGCUGCACAACCUGCGGCUUCAGAUUGAGGCCCAGUUCCUGCAGGAUGACAUCACAGCAGCCAAGGACAGGUACAAGAAGAAUCUUCUGGAAAUUCAGGCCUAUGUCAGCAUCCUGCAUCAGAUCAUGCAGACGGCUCCUCAGGUGCCCACUGGUGAAGGUGGGAUAAAGGAGGAGAGGCUCCUGACGGAACGGGAGGUGUCGGCCCUGCGCAGUCAGCUGGAGGAGGCCCAGGAGGCACUGUCCCACCUGCAGGCACAGAGGGCGGAGCUGCAGGCCCAGACGUCCACCCUGGAACAAGCCAUCAAGAACGCCCACGAGUGCUACGACGACGAGAUUCAGCUGUACAACGAGCAGAUCGAAACCCUGCGCAAGGAGAUCGAAGAGACGGAGCGCAACCUCGAGAAGUCAACCUAUGAUUGCCGGCAGCUGGCCAUCGCCCAGCAGACGCUCAAGAACGAGCUGGAGCGGUACCAUCGCAUCAUUGAGAUUGAAGGCAACAGGUUGAGCUCUGCCUUCAUAGAGACUCCUAUGGCCCUGUUCACACCUAGCCAGGGACCCUCUCUCAGCCUGGGAUCCGGUGGGAAAGACCUUACCAGGGCUGUGCAGGAUAUAACAACGGCUAAACCCAGACAAAAAGGCCUCCCCAAGAGUGUUCCAAGGAGAAAAGAGAUCCUGGCCCAAGAUAAAGGCGACAGACCCCAGGAGGAUGUGUCUUCCAAAGGCCCGGAAAACACCAUGGUGGUGCAGGGGGCACUUACAGACAAGGAGGAGCCUAGACCUGAGCUGGGGGCUGGGGUGGCAAGUCAACCAAAGCAGGAAGGAGUCCUGGAGGAUGUGCCAGAUGGGGGCCAGAUAAGCAAAGCCUUUGGGAAACUCUGCAAGAUGUUCAAGGAGCAAACGCAUAAUUCCCAGGAGCCCGAGCCCCCUGCCGACCUCUUCACCAAGGGGCGGCACGUGCUGGUCACUGGCGAGGCCAGUCACGUGGACCCCGGCUUCUGCCCCUCCUCCAUCCCAGCCAAGGGUGGGGUGGUGGUCUCCAUCAUAGAUGACGUCAAGCCUCUCGAUGACCAUGGGGAACCCUCUCCUGAACAGCCCAAGCCUCCUCAGGAGAAUGGCCAGGAGGAGCCCCAGGAGGGAGAAGAGGGUUCCCUGAGCAGCCAGAAGUCUACAGACAAGGAGAGCGAGGGAAGCAGCCAAGACUCCAAGGGUCCCGGGGAGAAAGAAGACAGCCCAAAGGAGGAAGACAAGGAGCCCCAGAGACCAUGCGCUGGGGCCGUGCCUGGGCCAGGGGGGCCAGCUGCCCCGCAGGCUGAGAAGCCCCAGCCAGGUCGGGAUGCAUCACCAGGGCGUGGGCAUGGGCAGGGGACGAGGAGUGGCAGCCUGCCGGACAAAGGCUGUCCCAGGGCUCUAGCAUACAAGAAGGUGGAAGUGGUAGAAUCCAUUGAGAAGAUUUCCACGGAGAGCAUCGAGACCUACGAGGAGACGGCCGUGAUCGUAGAGACUGUGGUUGGGAAGACGAAGGCCAACAAGAUGAAGCCUGGGGAGAAGGGAUCUUAA